GUGUUGAGUUUAAGUCGAUAUAUGUAAACGCCAAUGAUGAUGUCUAAUAAAAUGAGUUUGUUUUUGCGACAUCUUUAUAAACGUUCGACUUGCAGCCGCAUGACUUGUCAUCGGUUUUGUUCUUCGGUUUCUAAAAAAGCAGAGUUAGAUGAUCCGGCGCCAUUGUUUUUUAAUUCAGAUGUGCAGAAGCUAUUGAGAAAAUUGACACGCGUCAGUUCAGAAAGAGCUUUCAGAAACCGCAAAGAAGGACAUAUGCUGUUACCUCCAAAGUUCAAGUUUAUGACAGAUGAGGGGCUUCAGCAAGCACAGGAUGAAAUUCAGACAAAACUGGAUCUUAUUUUGCAAAUACCACCUGUGGUAAAGGCACGCUCAGAUACAAUUGAAAUACUAGCUACAGAUGCUGCUCUAAGAGGCUAUGACCAAUCAAAGUUUGUGUUCACUGACAUAAGUUAUGGUGGUAGAACUAGAGACAGAUUAAUAGUUGUUCGAGAACCUGAUGGUACAUUGAGACACGCAAAUACGAAUGAAAGGAACCGAAUGACUCAGGUGUACUAUUCAGUUGAUCACAGAGAAAUACAUGUACCAAAGAUGUUUUACGAUCCUUACUUCAAAGAUCUAUUGGAUAGAGGAGAGUUCGAGUUCAUCUUGGAUCGCGCUUGCAUACAGUUCGAACCAGACGAUUCGGAGUAUCAAAGGAUUGUUAAUGAAGUUUGUUCUUAUGUAAAUUCAACGAAAAAAUUCAAUGGUUUACGAUCUACUAGGCACUUUGGUUCGUUGGCGUUCAUCCUCGCUUGGAACAAGAAUAUCGAUGAUUUAUUGAUAGACGUGCUUAAAAGUAAAAGGAUAGACGAAGCGGCAUCACUGAUACGACUUUACCAUAUAAUUCAUCCUGAUGCCAAAUCGGCAGCUGAAGUACAGACCGAGGACGAAAUGGACUUGAUAAGAUGUUACGCGAAAUUAGAUGCGACGAAACGAAAAGAUAUAGAGCACGCCGUUUUAAUGUACGAAAAGUUUCAAAACACAGAAAAAGAAGUGCAGGAGGGUAUAAAAAUAGCGCAUGGUUUUAACACUGACGAGAAUCAGCCGGAAUCACAACCAAAUUAAAUCUUCUGCUCGUACGUACGUCUGUUUUUUUUUUUUUUAUACCCAUACACAUGCGCAAAUGUCGAACAUGAUUAUCGAAAAUAAAUAAUUUGUCAUUUGGA